AUGGUAUUCAUUACAUGUCCUAGUGACAAACUGGAGAAAUCACUUGUUCUUUGUCUUCUUUAUCAAGUCAUCUUGAUGGAACACAGUCCCGAUGAUCCUGUCUGUGUGAUAAAAGUUGAAGUCAGUUGUUGUACAGCAUGCCAGAGAAAGUUGAGGAAAAUUGUAUUAAAGAUAAGUGGUGUGUUGGACGUUUGUUAUGAUCCAAGAACAAAGUUGGCUACAAUUAGAGGCAAUUUUAAUCCUUUGAUGUUGAUUGAAGCCAUUAAGAAAAAGGGGAAGAAGGCUGAGCUGAUAUCUUAUUCCAAGAAUCCCCUUUCACAUAAUAGUAGAAACUCCAAAGAAGCAGCUAAUUGCCAUACCAAGGACUACAAGGGCAAAGCCAAAGUUGGUGAUGACACAAAUUGUUGGAAUAGUAGUGAUGAUGAGACUUGCGAUGAUCAGGAUUAUUAUGUGUCAAAGAAAAAAUAUCAUAAAGCUGAAGCUUAUGUGGCCCCUCAAGGAGUUGAUCCUAGCAUCUGCAGGGAUCACUACUGCAAGAUACAUAGAAGAGGUGGAGGCAUGCGAGAUUAUGUUACUCAAGAAGAAAGACAGAAAAAGUAUGCUAUGUUUAUGCAAAUGGGAGGUCACCCUGCUGGAGACAUGCUUCCUCCAUAUCAAUAUGCCCAUUAUGGUCCCGACCUGGAUUAUGGGUUUUAUCAGCCCAUGUCAGGGUUAAAUGACUUCACUCGCACUUGCACCAUUAUGUAAGUGUCAUAUUUUGUCAACACUG